AUGGAAACUUCCGCAUCGGUCCUCGUACAUGCAAACGAGCUGUACGCCCGGUCCAGUACAUCCAGCAGCUCAGAUAGUCGGCCACCCGUGUACAAAGCAAUCGGGAUUUCAUUAGCUGUCGCCUCGGGACUUUUCAUCGGAGUGUCAUUCGUGCUGAAGAAGACGGGGCUGCUGAAGGCCAAUGUCAAAUACAACGAAGAGGCCGGUGAAGGCUAUGGCUAUCUCAAGAACUUCUGGUGGUGGAGUGGAAUGACCUUGAUGAUCAUUGGCGAGAUAUGCAACUUCGUCGCCUAUGCUUUCGUCGAUGCCAUUCUGGUCACUCCGCUGGGUGCGCUCUCCGUGGUGAUCACAACCAUCCUGUCCGCCAUUUUCCUAAAAGAACGACUCAGCUUUGUCGGAAAAGUGGGAUGCUUCAGCUGCAUCAUCGGGUCUGUUGUGAUCGCGAUGAAUGCCCCUGAGCAGUCUUCCGUGAACGACAUCCAGGACAUGCAACACUACGUCAUCGCACCGGGUUUUCUCAGCUAUGCCGGCGUGAUCAUCGUCGGUUGCGCCUUUCUUGCCUUCUGGGCUGGUCCCCGCUACGGCAAGAAGAAUAUGUUCGUAUACAUCAGCAUCUGUAGCCUGAUAGGAGGAUUGAGUGUCGUUGCGACACAGGGUCUGGGUGCGGCCAUUCUGGCCCAGAUAAGGGGUGUUCCUCAAUUCAAGCAAUGGUUUCUUUACGUCUUGUUCGUCUUUGUUGUUGCGACGCUCCUGACGGAGAUCAUUUUCCUCAACAAAGCACUGAAUAUAUUCAAUGCCGCUCUAGUAACGCCAACGUAUUAUGUUUUAUUUACUAGUGCCACGAUUAUAACCUCUGCAAUUCUCUUCCGGGGAUUCAAAGGUUCCGCUGUUCAAAUUACAACAGUCAUAAUGGGAUUCCUUCAAAUCUGUGCAGGCGUAGUGUUACUGCAGCUUUCCAAGUCGGCCAAGGAUGUGCCAGAUGCGGCAGUCUUCAAGGGAGAUCUGGAUCAGAUACGGGAGGUUGGAGAACAGGAAGAGCCGGAAUUGGAACCCAAGGCGGAUGCUAUUCGUGGUACUGCGGCCAUUCUCAGACGGAUCUCGACUUCAAGACAGAAGAUGGAAGCGGAGGAAGCCCGUCGGUACUUCAGAGAGAGGCAAGAAGAUCAUUUGAGGCCUCCGAGCGAAAACGAGAUCAUCGAGUGGGACGGGUUAAGACGGCGCAAGACCAUUAUAGGACAGGGGCCGACUAUGGCACGACCGCGUACACCUGGAACUCCAGUCUCUGCAAGGACUCUUCAUCCACCGCUGGGUAUGUCGCAUUUCCCGGAGGACGAAGAGCCGGAAAGGCCGAGCACCAAGCAAAGCGGCCAUUCAUUCUUUGGUGAUGUCGUGUCCCGGGCAUCCAGUGUACUUCAUCCGACGCAGUGGAGACCAAUUCACGAAGAGCAUAAGACGCACAGUCCACUGCACCCAGUUGCUUUGACCGACAUAUCUGUUCAUCCGAAUAAGGGCGGCGAUACGGCUUAUCACGGAGCUGCUCCAUACCCUGGUGCAGAUCUUGAUCCGCCUUUCCAGCCGAGACUUGGAAGAGAGCGUAGCGAUACCCCUCGUUCCAUCUCAUGGGCUGAUGAGAACCAUCAGGUACAGUCGCCUACUCGUGGUGGCCAGUUAGCGCCUGAACAGACACCAAAUAGCGCUCGACGUCAGUUCUCAUUCCAAAAUGUCUUCCACCGAUCGAAGACUGGCGAACAGUCACCCAGAAGUCCGGCUAGUCCCGUGCGUGGAAUCCUGAGACGGGGCCAUCGUACAGACAGCCUGGAGCAGAGACGGGCGAUGAAACAUGCGACUGAAGAGGAACGCUUGGGGCUGGUGAAGGGUGAUUCGCGUGGCAGUGAUGGGGAGGACUCAUUGGAUGAGAAGUUGCAACGGACAUUGUCCUCGUCCAGUGAUUCGAGUGUCGAAGACUUGGUUCCCAGACCGGUACAUUUCUCGCGUCCGCACCAACCAUCGGUAUCAACCGCUUCCACUACUACGUUCCCCGCCUACGAAGAGCCGCCACAUUAUGGGGAGGUCGAACACUACUAUAUGUAUCCUCCUUCGCAGCAGGUAGCUUCCCCGAUCGGAGAGGCGCUUGAGCACAGCUGGCAGAUGCCCCAUGUUGCAUCCACUGCUCAUGACACCACCGAUGCUUCUCGACCCCAUGUAGUUCCUGCUCGAAGACCGAACCCACUACCUCGUAUCCCGUCCGAAGAGUCAGCAGCAGGCGAAAGCGCUGAACCCUACACGCGAGUCGAACUCCGAUCCCCAGAUCUCGGCUACAGCAGCUCCGAUCAUGGAGUCGCAUCUCUGUCUUCAUCACAGACAUCUUCUAAUAGCCGCGGACGUCGAGAAAGCGGCUGGCGAAGAGCAGGCCAUCGAUACACCAGAGGUGACUCGGCCAGCAGCGGCAGCAGCAAUGAAGACACCGGGGGAGGUCGAAGACAGAUCAGCAGAGACGGAGCGUUCCUAUGA